GGCUUAGUCGCUUAGUUUUAUUUGUAAUCCGUACGACCCAAUGGAAAUUGUACCUGAGAUCAAGGAUCUAUUUCGUUCUCGCUUUCGUCAAAACCAAACCGAGAUGGGGUAUAUUCAAUGCGAGUCCUCACGAACUGGGUCUUCAGCUGAGUCCGCUGGACGAAGAUAUAUAAGUAAACAAUAGAUAGGUAAGUUUUGCUAAAAAAUCAGCAUCUCAACUCACAAUAAUCCUCGUGCCUCAUCUACAACUUAUUCCUAUACUUUUCCUAUACUUUUCCUAUACUUAUCCGUACCUAUACAUAAACUUCCUCACUAUUCAAGAUGGCCCUAACUGAGCGGGAUAACAUCUCUAUCGCUGAAAUUGUUAUUUACGUACCAGCACUCUUCAUCGCAAUAUGGCUAUCCAUACGCCACGGUUUUGGUCGUAACUCGGGAUGGCUCUAUUUGAUUAUCUUCUCGUUAGCUCGCAUCAUCGGAGCAGCAAUGCAGCUGGCCACUAUACCGGAUCCUACCAACCUUAGCCUUCUCGUCGGAGCAGCAACUUUACAAAAUAUUGGCCUAUCGCCUCUAAUUAUGGUCCAACUGGCCCUAAUUGGACGAGCUGCUGGAAGUAUCCGAAAGUCGACAACAUGUUUCGUGACCGAGAAACGAGUCCGCCUCAUCCAGCUUCUUGUUCUUGUAGGCUUGAUCCUAGGCUCAGUCGGUGGCAGCCAAUCCGGACAGAGCCUUGCCGACACAGGGAAAUACACCGUCUCGAGUCUCUCGCAGGCUGGUACGGGCCUGAUGAUCGCCGCGUACGCCUUGCUGGCCUUUUCGACUGCUCUCGUCGCAAUGCAAAUAUCACAUAUGGAACCGGGAGAGAAGCGAUUAGUUUUGGCCGUAGGCGUUUCUCUCCCCUUUAUUCUCGUUCGACUAGCCUAUUCGGCAGAAUCCCUGUAUGGGCACAAUCCGGCCUUUAACCAAGUGACGGGCGACGUCAACAUUCAGCUUGGAAUGUCUGUCAUCAUGGAGAUGGUUGUUGUCGCCAUUGUGGAGAGCAUUGGAAUGACUUUGAAUAAGAUCACAAAAAUUGCAGCUCAGCAGACGAAAACCGACUACGAAAUGGUAUCACAGUAAAAAUACGGGCGUUGGCAUCUUUUUGAAUGUAUAUAUAAAAAUACAAUAUAGACGUAGACAUAUAUAUCAUUCCAUAGUAUUCUAUUCAAAUAUAUCAAC